CCUCUCUCUACAGCCUUGACAGGAAGUCAGAACACCUCGGGAGGUGGGGCUAAUGGGACUUGUGAAUCAGAACACGGGUCAUCCUAACAUCCUGCGGCUCUACGAGUGGUUCGAUGCCCCAGACCGCUACGCGAUGGUGCUAGAGCGUCCUGACCCCUGUAAGGACCUGGUGGAUUUCUGCUACACCCAGAACAAAGUGAUGGAUGAACAGCAGGCCCGGGCAGUGAUAGACCAGCUGCUUCACGCCCUCCUGCACUGCCAGCAUGCAGGAGUGUUCCAUCGGGAUGUGAAACCAACCAACAUCCUGAUAAACACGGAGACCCUGCGUGUCAUCCUCAUUGAUUUUUGGUGUGGAACUCCCUGGACGGACACGCCUCUCAGUUCCUUUGCAGGCGCCACUGAAUUUGCACCUCCAGAGUGGUUUGCGGAGGGGCUGUACCAGGCUGGGCCCUCCACAGUGUGGUCCCUCGGGGUCACAGUGUUUGCCAUCGUUUGUGGCUACCUGCCAUUUAACCCGAACGAUGGCCAUGAGAGCCUGAGCAGAGUCCACUUCCCUACAGGGCUGUCCUCAGGCGAGUUGAGUCAGCAGGAAACGGCGGGGCUGUAUGUUUGAUGUCACAGAUUUUACCCUCCUUUUAUCUACUUGUGUUUCGCCGUUUACAGAAGUCAAGGACUUCAUGAGCAGGUGUUUGGCACCAGAGGUGAACGAACGAGCGACGCUAGAAGAGCUCCAGCGUCACCCGUGGCUCCACCCCACCUGCUUAGAACAAGCCUUGACAGGAAGUCAGAACACCUCGGGAGGUGGGGCUAAUGGGACUUGUGAAUCAGAACACGGGUCAUCCUAACAUCCUGCGGCUCUACGAGUGGUUCGAUGCCCCAGACCGCUACAUGAUGGUGCUAGAGCGGCCUGACCCCUGUUAGGACCUGGUGGAUUUCUGCUACACCCAGAACAAAG